AUGGCGACUUUGAUAGAUUGGGUCCGAAAAAAAUUUCAUCCACCUCCUGAAGUUGGCAGUCACUUCCUGAGAGCAGGUCUCACUCAGCGAGGUUAUAGCAAGACACACUAUACGCUUAUUAAAUCAAGAUAUGAAAGCACAAUGUUUAGUUAUAAAAAUGUAUCGGAUAGGACUAAACAUAUUUCAACUGUUCGUCUACAGGAAGAAGCUGGAAAAGAACUGAAGUUUCCUGUCAAAAUGCAACCGAAUUUGGUUCGGCUUAUAAACUGGACAAAUCCUAAAUAUCCUAUGAACGUAAAGUUUGUAUUAGAGAAUAAAGAAAUCUGUGUGUUUGUGAAAAAAUUAACUGUGCUUGUAGUGGUGAAUUCUGCAACAAACCACUAUGAUCGAAAGCAAGCUAUUAGGAAAACUUGGGCUAAUGAUACUCACUAUGCUCAUUUGGGUACCGCCAGAGUUUUAUUCCUUCUUGGUAGAAGUGUUAACCCAUCUGUCCAGAUACGUGUAGAAAAAGAGUUCAAAGAAUAUGGAGAUAUUUUACAGGGUGAUUUUAUUGAUGGCUAUUUAAAUUUGACAUUCAAGGGCGUUAUGUGUUAUAAAUGGCUUACAGAACGUUGUCGAAAUGCUAAAAUGAUAUUGAAAAGUGACGAUGACUUGUUAGUGAAUAUGUUCGUUUAUUUUCGGAAACUAGAUGAGCUGUUGCCGUCAACGAACGUUUACUGUGAGUUUCAACGAAGUGUAAUAUUUAGAAAUAAACGAAACAAGUGGUAUGUCAGUAAAAACCAUUUCAGGGGUGAGACAUUUUAUGAUCGAUAUUGCACAGGGAAAUUUGUUAGUAUGAAAAAUGACAUAAUUCCGUCAUUAUAUAUAUCAGCAACUAAAACUCCAUUUUUCCCUUACGAUCAUGUGUUAUUGUUUGGCUAUGUUAUGGGAAAUGUACAGGGACUCGGGUAUGAAACGAUAGGAAAAAAAAACUUUGACUUUAAUAACAAUAUGGCCAUGAAAUGUUUGAAAGACCACAAGAACAAAUGUAGCAAGUUUAUUAUGAGUGCCUGUGCAGAAGAGAUGGAAGUCACGUGGUUUACGAUUCUGAAAUACUUUCGUUGA